AUCAUUCUACUCUUAACAAGUGAACAAGAAACAACCUAUGAACACAACUUCUGAAACAAACUAACUAAUCCAUAAAAAAACAAACAACUGGAUCGAAUAUAACAACCGAGCAACGUGAGACAGUACGUAACUGACACAGGUAAAGCCAUUGUUUUGUUUCCUUUCUUUAUUAUAACAAAGUUUCUGAAGUCAAGUCAGUCUGUAACUUACAACCACAAGUGGAAAGAAAUGGCAAAUCAAGCCCUGACAAACAAUAUCUCAGAAAACUAUAAGACGCUGAGAGUUCUGGGACAGGGGUGCUACGGACAUGUCAUCAAAUGUUUUAAACGGGACACUCAAGAGACUGUGGCUGUGAAGGUCUUAAAACAAAGAUAUUCAAAGUACAGAAAGAUAAAGGAGGUGUUCAUACUGGAAAAGCUCAGAUGUUUGGACCCUGAUAAGUAUAACAUCGUCAGAUACCAUGAAUGGUUCCACAGAAUCGACCGGACCUUCAUGGUGUUCGAAAUGCUAGAUAUGAGCCUCUAUGAUUACAUGACCAAGACAAAAUGGGCCCCUGUGCCUUUAAAUGGCAUAAGGACCAUCAUCACAGAUGUGGCCACAGCGUUAAAUGCCCUGAAGGGUGUUGGACUGAUCCAUGCAGAUUUGAAACUGGCCAAUAUAAUGCUGGUGGAUCAUUACAGACAGCCAUUCAGGGUCAAGCUCAUUGACUUUGGCUUAACUCUUCAGACAUCCGAAGUCAGGCCAGGAGUAGGUGUACAGCCUUUUUGGUAUAGGUCUCCUGAAAUCAUUCUGGGCCUCCCAUUUACUGAGGCCAUAGACAUUUGGUCUCUUGGCUCAAUGAUGGCCGAGACGCUCCUUGGCUUUCCACUUUUCCCGGGGAGAAGUGACUAUGAUAUGCUGCAAUUAAUCAGCGAUCUCCUGGGUGAACCUUCUAAAAGAUUUCUGAAUGGUGGGAUAAAUACAAAGCUGUUCUAUCAUCGAAGUCGCAAGUACCUUGUGUCUGUGCACUGGACGUUCAAGACCCCAGAGGAGUUUCACACUGAAAGAGGCAUUGAGCCGAUGAAAACCAGGAGACACCGAUUUUCCUCUCUGGAUGAGCUGAAAACAUUGAGCCUGCUCCAAGAAAACAGCACAGAUGCUGCUGAUAGGAGUGCUUGUGUUGAGCUGUUGAAGGAAAUGCUUCAGAUAGAUCCCAGGGACAGGAUUACCCCAAGUCAAAUCCUGGCCCAUCCAUUCAUAACAAGAAGCUACCUCAGCCCCAGCAACAGCUCUCAAAAUGAAACUGCAGCCGCUGAAACCAGCAGGGGUCAAGCAGUCAGCAACACCAAAGACACUGCAGAGACCACUGCUGAUUACAGUCCCCAGGCUGUGCAAAAGAAGAAGAUGGCCGACUGUCCGAAGGCUAAGGAUGAUAGAGACCUCAUAUUGGACCCUGUCAAUGAUCGUGACAUAACUCAUGAUAGUGGUCUCAAAUUGGACUCCAUCACCGAUAGUGCUAAAACAAGCCCAGCUGUGGACUAUGACAUGAGCAUCCAGUCAGUUCCUCCAAACAGCCGUGUUGAAGCUCCCGACUCUGUUUGGAACCAGGCCUCCAACAGCAUAAAUACCUUGCAUAUGUCUGAGGUCAGCGAGCCCAAGAAGAAGAAAAAGAAGAAGAGAAUCCGAGGAUUCUUCUCAGCCUUGAAGAGGAAGUUUUUCUCCUGCUUCCAUGUGCCUGAGGACGAUGAUGAGUGAAGUAGUCUGUGAAGGCGUUGUAAUGAAACUCACUCUGUCAGGCUUAGUUUAACCUCAUCACUUUUAAUUGCACUUAAUCAGGCUUGGAUGUUUGACACUCCAUCAAGUUCUCAGGAGUUUUACUGUAAAACCUUCACAGCAAUUUCUAUGUGCAGCAUGGAGGUUUGCUUGUUUGUAGACCACAACUGUAAAGUGGACUCAAAUAUGAAUGUAAAUAUUACGUCUGUAUGUCAACUUUUCCUGUUACAAAAAACUAAUAAAAUGAAUUUCAGAGG